AUGCCGCAACCAUUGAGCUCCAAGGACCAGGCCUUGUUCCGUCAAGUGGUUCGCAACUUUGAGCUUAAGCAAUACAAGAAAGGCAUCAAAACGGCAGAGCAGGUUCUUCGUAAGAACCCUAAUCAUGGCGAUACACAGGCGAUGAAGGCUCUUAUCAUGAGCAAUAUGGGCCAGUUGGAGGAGGCUUUUGUGUUGGCCAAGGAAGCCUUGCGGAACGACAUGAAGUCGCACAUCUGCUGGCACGUGUACGGAUUACUAUACCGACAGGAGAAGAACUACGAGGAGGCGAUCAAAGCUUACCGCUUCGCCCUUCGCCUCGAACCUGAAUCCCAGCCUAUUCAGCGCGACCUUGCACUCCUUCAAAUACAGAUGCGGGACUUCCAAGGAUACAUCCAGAGCCGAAGCGCGAUGCUGCAAGCCCGGCCAGGAUUUCGCCAAAAUUGGACAGCUUUGGCGAUCGCUCACCAUUUGUCAGGAGAUUUGGAGGAAGCCGAGAAGGUUUUAACAACAUUUGAGGAUACUUUGAAGGGAACUCCACCCGUGGCGGAUAUGGAACACUCUGAGGCUUGCUUGUAUAAGAACACAAUCAUUGCAGAGACUGGAAAUAUCGAGCGGGCUCUGGAGCACCUCGAGAAGGUCGGUUACCGGUGUACAGAUGUUCUCGCAGUCAUGGAAAUGAAGGCGGAUUACCUCCUGCGACUUGGCCGCAAAGCCGAGGCCGAGGCGGCCUACACUGCCCUUUUGGAGCGCAACCCUGAGAAUUCUAUUUACUACAAUGGCUUGAUCCAGGCCAAGGGUAUCCCGGAGAAUGACCAGAAAGCUCUAAAGGCAUUGUACGAUGAGUGGGUGGAGAAGAACCCCCGAGGUGAUGCAGCUCGUCGCAUUCCUCUCGAUUUCCUUGAAGGGGAAGAUUUCAAGCAGGCCGUCGAUGCCUAUAUGCAGCGUAUGCUCAAAAAGGGUGUUCCGUCUCUAUUUGCCAACAUCAAGCUCCUUUACUCCAACCCUGCCAAGCGUGAUACCGUCCAAGCGUUGGUGGAGGGCUAUAUCUCCGGCAAGUCCACCUCCCAGCAAAAUGGCUCUGCUGAGGGCAAGGAUGAGUUCCUAGCUUCAUCUUACUAUUUCCUUGCUCAGCAUUACAACUAUCACCUCAGCCGUAACCUCACCAAGGCCAUGGAAAUGGCUGUGGAGUACCAGAUGACCAAGGCCCGUAUCUGGAAGCACUACGGAAACUCUGUGAAGGCGGCGGAGGAGAUGGAGAAGGCCCGUCUUCUGGACGAGAAGGAUCGGUACAUUAACACCAAGGCCGCGAAGUAUCAGCUCCGCAACGACGAGAAUGACAAGGCGUUGGACAACAUGAGCAAGUUCACACGCAACGAGACUGUCGGCGGAGCUUUGGGUGAUCUGCAUGAGAUGCAGUGUGUGUGGUAUCUGACCGAGGAUGGCGAAUCCUAUCUGCGUCAGAAGAAGCUGGGCCUGGCGCUUAAGCGUUUUCACGCUGUCAACACCAUCUUUGACACCUGGCAGGAGGACCAAUUCGACUUCCAUAGCUUCUCCCUUAGGAAGGGUAUGAUCCGCGCGUAUGUCGAUAUGGUCCGCUGGGAGGACCGUCUUCGUGACCACCCCUUCUACUCGCGGAUGGCCCUCUCUGCCGUCCAGGCAUACCUGCUUCUCAAUGACCAGCCCGACCUGGCUCAUGGCCCUAUCACUGAGGUGAACGGUGCUGAUGGUCAAGAUGAUGCAGAGCGCAAGAAGGCCCUCAAGAAGGCCAAGAAGGAGCAACAGCGUCUGGAAAAGAUCGAGGCCGACAAGCGCGAAGCCCGGAAGGCUGCUGCUGCCAACGCCAAGGGCGCUGAUGGAGAGGUCAAGAAAGAGGACGCGGAUCCCCUUGGCAAUACUCUUGUUCAGACCAAGGAGCCUCUCAAGGACGUCAUGAAGUUCUUGACACCCCUCCUCGAUCUCAGUGCCCAGAACAUCGAGGCCCAAUGCCUCGGUUUCGAGGUUUAUAUUCGUAAAGAAAAGCACUUGCUUGCUCUCAAGAGUCUGUCGGCAGCACAUGCUAUAGACCCCUCUAACCCUACUCUUCACCUCCAGCUUUUGCGAUUCCGCAAGGCUCUUGAUAACCUGUCUGAGCCCCUCCCGGCUCAAACCGCCGAGGUUGUCAAUGCCGAAUUCGAGAAACUUCUUCCUAAAUCUCAGAACCUGGAGGAGUGGAAUGAGUCUUACCUUUCGGCCAACAAGGCCAGUGCUACUCAUGUGCACGCUGCCUUGUCUGCCCGCCAACUCCUGAAGCCGGACUCCAAGCCGCAGUGCGAGAAAGAAUUGCUUGCCACCCUUGACUCUUCCAGCAUUACCAUUGACGAAGCUGCCGCCGCUUUCGAGUUGUUCAACAAGUUCAGCUGUGACAAGACCGCCUACGUCCAGAAGGCGAAUAAGAAGUGGCCCGAAUCUUCCGUUUUCCAGCUGAACUGA